AUGAGCUUUGGAUGGGGGGUGGGGGACCUUGUGCAAGCCGCGACCAUCGCUUGGUCGAUCUACGAGAGCUUUGGUUGGGGCUCGAAGUCGGCAAAGAGCGAGUUUGCAUAUUUCCAAGCAGAAUUUGGCCUGGUUAAAGUUGCGUUAGAGAAGCUACAGAACGUUUCCGCGGCUGCUCCAGAAGACGACUUGGAACUCGGGUCUUCCUAUGAACACACGAUAGCGCGAUGUACGGAGUUUAUUAGGAGGCACCAAUCCCUCGCCUGUGAUGCGUCUAAAUUGAUGAAUGGCCGGCGGCCUAGUUUCCAUACAAAAGUCUUGACCGUAUGGGAUCAGGUCUCCUGGCCGCUUGAGCGCGAAGAGGCGGAGCGCCUUCGACGACUUUUAGAACGCUACACGCAGAUUGCAAUUCUCAAGGUUACGGCGAACACAAGAGAUGUGACCAAGCAACUAGUGCGGGAAUCAGAGCAAGCGAGGCUGGAUCACUUGGAACUGCUGAAGGCGAUUAAAACUAUGAGCGUACAGGUUACCUCGAUCCUCCGACGAUGUCUCCUCGAUGGAUCUACCGAUGACCCGGCUUUGGAUGUCCAGUAUCUGGCCGGGCUGCAGCGCCGGCAUCUACCCUCUUUGCUUGAUCCCUGGCCCGGUCUCGGUUCCAUUCCCGAAAACGACGUGUUGUACCCGCCGAGCAGCGAGGGAAGCCAGUCUAGUCAAGAAGCGUUGGAUCGCAUCCAGGAGAUUACAGAGAAACUGGGCCAUCUUGUAAUGCGCCUAGAUACCAAUGGAGGUCACGUCACGGCUUCAGACCGGGCGCAUCCAGUUAAACGCAGCCAAAAAUCCAGCCACACCGGCACGGGGACAGCAAUAGUUGACCCGGUACUUGGGUUACUCAAUCGUAUUAGUGACAACGUUCGGGAAGCCUUGGAUAAAGUCGGAUACGAGCACGUCUCGGUGCCGACUCGACCAUUAUCCGUAGUAUAUGAUGACACCACCAAACCCACCAAGGUCCUGAAUAACGCAGCAGAAGAAUGGGAGCAAUUUCACGAGUGGUUACAGUUCCAACUCGUACACUCUUUCCGCAUACAUCCUGGAGACGCGACGCUCGUCCCUCCAACCUGGCAUCGAUCAUCUCCAGAGCCCACGUACAGCCCUACCCAAGCCUCAUCGCCCCCGACAGAUUGUCCUCAAAUCACCGUAUCUCCAACUGAGAUACCAAUAAUGUGCGAUACAGGGACCCCUCUGACCCCCAGCCUUUCCUCGGAAUCAUACUAUCUUGGUUCCAGAUCGCCAUCUUCAAUUGGGUCCGACCGCACAUCGAGCGUCCAACCUUUGUCCCUCACCAACCAACCCGUGCAAGUAAUUUUCCCAGACCCUCGCCACCAGAACCGUCAAAUCCAUCGCCCUGUGGCAUGCCAGGUGACGGUUUAUUUCAACCAACGCAGCAGCGAACCGGAGUGGAUUGAGGGCGUGAACCUUGAGAGCGGGAUCCGGGUGACCCAUUUGGUCGAUAGAGAACACUUAUCGAAGACCGUGGAGAGCACCAUGAUCCCAUACGUGCCACAUACCGGGUACUCGACUUCGUUUGGAUCGCGACUUUGCAUCCGUUUUGUUGGCUCUCAUCGCGUCAAAAUCGAGGAAAACGGGUCGGUGAAACGAGCCCACAUUUCGCCCAUUUAUAUAUGUCAAGACAAGCAAGACUUCGACAUGUUCCAAAGCGUGAUCUUGAGACGCGAGGUCCUGUUCUGCGGCGACGUCAAACGCAUCCAUUCGAGCACCGUCGGGGACCAUUGUUCCCUGGAAACCGUUCGUGUGCUAAGAGACCGGCUCACUGGCGAAACUUAUAUUCUCUAUUUUGCGUCCAAUCGAGGAUCAAACGCGCUGGCAGGAUUCCUUGAAUGGCCAGUGGGAGGAUUUGAGGUUCCUCGAAAAUCCGGAAAACGCGAUGUAAAGCUGCAAAGGGCGCGAGAUGCUCUUCAACGACGGGACUCGGUGGAAAGCACCGGCACGAGCUUUUCCCACGACUCCUACACAUCGGGCGCCUCGCGUUCGGGGACUGUGCGGAAGGUGAAGUCCCUGCAAUUCGAUUUCCAACAGGAGAAAGAGUGCGAUGCUUUCAUUCAAUCACUACUCCAUCGCCAUCCAUAG